CUAAGCAAACAGUCGAGCCAAGCCGGCGGCCGUGCGAGGCAAUCCUCUUUAAAAUUCAAAUCCACUCGAGUGGGCCAACGAGGCGGCGUACGCGUAAUUACUGUCAGCAGCUGGCCAUUUACCCCAGACACGGUUCGUCCCUGUUCGUCGCUGUCCUGUACCGUCCCUUCGUCGGUGACCCACUUCUUGAGGUCUGGCUCUAAAGUUUAUUUAUCGCCCUGCCCCUCGCUGGUGUGUCAACACACUCGCGUGUCUUCUGGCCAGGCCAACAGCCGACUCUGUCCAGCCAGUGGCCACAUACCAGCCGGUAGUAGGCAGAGCGACAACCUCGCAUGACUCAUCGGUCUAAGCGGUCUAAGCCGGGUCUACGUUCAAGCGGCUUACUCGCGUCAUCGCCUUGUCUGUUGCCCACUCACCACCACCACCAAUCGCCGUCGAAUCGCAUCGAAUCCAUCCAAUAGAGUCCGUCCCCCGACUGAUCUCGACUAUAUUUGGCUAUGUCGUCAAACGGUUCCGGAGAGGUUCCGCUGCGACCCUCAAAGCUGGGCGAUAUGCGGAUGCGCUUUCAGAAGGCGGAGGAGGAGCGUCGCCGAAACCUAUUGACGGGUAGGCCUGGUGGCAAUGGUCUAGCUACUGCUGCCCCAAGCGCUGUUUCGUCUCGGCUCGUAGGCAACGGCAAAGUGCGCCAAAUGUUCGAUGAACGGCGUCGCGGCGCUGGAAUCGAUCGAAGUAAUCCACUCAAGCCGAUUGGCGGUGGUGCCACCACACCGCCAGCGCAGCCCGCGCGCACCCAACCGACGGUUCAACGGCUGAUCAAAGAUGUCUCCGCCAUGAGCCUAAAGGACAAGCCAGUCUUCAACAGACGCUUGACCAGUGAUAGCAACAACAACAGCAACAAAUACAAUCCGGCGGGAACUGUGAGUCGCUUAAAGCCUGUGAUUACGAGAAAAACGCCACCGCGUGAAGUGGAGGCAGCCAGUCGCUCCAUUGCCACCACUCCGCGCAGUCCCAUGCCAAAGGCAACGGCCAGAGCAAAGGCCCCGUCCAGUCGGGAGACAGCGGCAGCAAGUAGUCGCCAGUCGCCUCCACUGAUCCGAAAGGCCGUAGCAAAAUCUCCAGUCCCCAAGAAAACAAUGAGUCAGCCGCCUCCUGAGGGUACGUCCCCGUGCCGAUACUGCGGUCGCCACUUCAACACGGAUCGAUUGGGCAAGCACGAGGAUGUCUGCCAGCGCACCAUGACCACCAAGCGCAAGAUUUUCGAUGCCUCCAAGCAGCGUGUGGGCGGCACUGAGGCGGAGAAGUUUACCAACAAGAAGGGCAAUAAGGCGGCUCGCUCACAGUCGUCGUACAGCAGUGCCGCCCAAGUGAAGGGCCUGGUUACGGGCGUAAAGAAAAGCAACUGGCGGAAGAAGCACGAGGAGUUCAUACAGACGAUACGAUCUGCGAAGCAGGCACAGGCGCAUGUGGCCCGCGGCGGCAAGCUGAGCGAUCUACCGCCGCCGCCGCCGUCGGAGAAUCCCGACUAUAUUCAGUGUCCUCACUGCGGCAGACGCUUCAACCAAACGGCUGCGGAGCGGCAUAUACCAAAAUGUGCCACCAUGAUACACAACAAACCGCGUCAGAACGGACCCGUUCCCAUGAAGAAGCGCUGACCCAGAGGUGGGUUCGACUAUGAACAUGCCCAGACGUUUACUUGUGAUAAAGCAAUUUUUGAUGAAUGAAACAAUGCUGAACUUAUCUUUAA